GCAUUGGGCUGAUCCAGAUGCGGACUGCGGCGAGUUCUUCAACUUACACGACAACCGUCACCGUCACAUGCAGUGCACGGAGUACCAUUUUCAGAUUCUACAACCGUCGCCGCACGCUAUUCGCACAGCAAACCGCGUCCAUGUGGGAUGUGGAUGUGCAUGUGGAUGUAGUCUUCGGACCAAAGGACAGCGCACCCCGGAUCUUCCUUCCUCGUCUCAUCCACACAUGCCCCGAAGACUGCGGGCGGGAUGUAGGCUGAGGGAAUGCACUGGUGGACUGCGGCAUAACAACACAAAACGCUAGUCGUAUUCUAUCCCACAAGUGUGUGCACUGAGGCGAAAUGGCCCAUCUGCCGCCCAACACGGCCAUUUUCUCGCCGUCGGUAGCGCGUGCCGCCGCCUCGGCCGCGAAAGACUGGUCUUACAUUGACCGUUGGCUGCAGCGCAAGUUUCCCGGCCGCGGCCCUCCGCCGUUCGAGCGCAAUGCCGACACAUUGCGCGCCCUGCUGGCGCUCGCCGCGGCCAACCAGGCAGCCGACGAGGAGAGGGCACUCAUAGCACGGCUCGAGGCCGAAACAUUAGACCAGCUGAGGGCCUACGAGAAGUCGCGACAUCAGAACCAAACAGGGGGCUCCGCGGACGCCGGCAGCGACACCAACGACCACGUCCUCCACGACGCGCGCGAGGCAAUCCUCACCGCUCUCGAAUCGUCCCUGACGCGCGAAGGCCAAACCGCCCUCAACGCGAUGGCCACCCUCGCGCUGCAGACCGGCGUCCCGCAGCCGACCCCCACCGCCCUCGGCGCCGAGCUCAUCAACCUCUCCGCCCAAUCCGCCACGCUCGAGCAAACCAUCUCCCGCAUCGACACCCUGACAGCCUACCUCUCGCGCGAGGCCGCCGCCACGGCGGAGCUCUCGGCCGAGCUUGGGUCCCCCUCACCACAUCAUCAUCACCACGACGUCGACAACGACCCGACCGAAGACGGCGACGACAACGGCCCCGCAGCGCCCCAGACCGGCUACCACCCGCCGGCCAACCUCGCGAUCCAGAACCUGGAAACGCAGCGGCGCAUCAAAGCCCUGUCGGCGCGCCUGCCCGAGCUGCGCGAUAAGGCCGCCUCUCUAGCCAAGUCAGUCGGCAGCGGCAGCGGCAGCGGCGGCGGGGUGCCAUCAUCAUCAUCAUCAUCAUCAUCACCACCAUUACCACCACCAUCAUCAUCGCCGUCGUCGUCAUGGUCGUUGCCAUUUCCGAGCAUCGAGCAAGUACGGCAGGAGGAAGAGGCGUACCUGGCGCUGCUGGCGCAGAAGAAGGCGCUGGACGCGCAGGUCCGGGCGUUCGCGGGCCUGCCGCCGGACACGGAGCGGGCGCGGCAGGAGUUGGAGGGCCUGCGGGCGGAGCUGCGGCGGAUGACGCUGCGGCGGGACGAGGUGUUUGAGGGGUUGGUGGAGAGGGAGACGCCGAGGAAGGGACCGCCUGCGCGGAGAUGAGAAGGGGGAUGAGAGAGCGUGAGUCGGUUGGGUAGGUAGAGGCUGGGCGGUUAGUUACAGUUGUGUUGUUGGUGGAGUGGUUGUGCGUGUUUGUUACUUGGGAUUUGGUGCUAACUGUCCAUCAUCACACAUGAUUCCAUCACACAUAAUACAGGCUUGAUCCUAUGCAGAGUCCCUUUCAAACCAUCACGGCCCAUGCAACCCCGACUUCAUGCCUCUUCCCCUGCUAAUCAUG